AUAGAGGUGGCACGACAACCUACAGCACCGCAGUUCCGUCUGAAUCCUCAUACAGAUAGCAUCAUGCCUGAGCCAGCAAAGCCCGCCCCGAAGAAGGGUUCCAAGAAAGCCGUGACAAAGACCACCGCUAAAGGAGGCAAGAAGCGCAGAAAGACCAGGAAGGAAAGUUAUGCCAUCUACGUGUACAAGGUCCUGAAGCAGGUCCAUCCCGACACCGGCAUCUCCUCCAAGGCCAUGGGCAUCAUGAACUCUUUCGUGAAUGAUAUUUUCGAGCGUAUCGCUGGAGAGUCUUCCCGUUUGGCUCACUACAACAAGCGCUCCACCAUCACCUCCAGGGAGAUCCAGACUGCAGUGCGUCUGCUUCUGCCCGGUGAGCUUGCUAAGCACGCCGUGUCUGAGGGAACCAAGGCCGUCACCAAGUACACCAGCUCCAAGUAAAGCGUCUAACGCUUUCUACCCCAAAGGCUCUUUUAAGAGCCACCCAAAUUGUCCUUGAAAAGCAGUUUCAACAUUAUCAUUGAAAUCGCCAUGGUUUACAUUUAGUCAUUUAGCAGACGCUUUUGUCCAAAGCGACGUACAAGGGAGAGAA